UAAAAUCAUCGUCAUUUCGCCACAAUUUAAAAAAUUUUAUUGCCCCGCAUAUCUUUCUUACAGUCAAUCAACGUUAUUCGCUAAUAUUCUUACCUCAUGCCUAUAAUCAAUAAAAGUAUCGUAGCUUACGAUAACUCUCGAUACGAAUCGUAUAUAGAAAACAGAAUCCACGUUAUUUUUGUCGGUCGUGCAAGCUACAAACAUUGUUACCGAACCGACAGUUUCAAGUAUACGUGUUCAGAAUUGCGAGUUAUCAAAGAUCGGAAAACGAUUUUUUAUUAAAAUAAUCGGUUUGUAUCAAAAUCAAAAUUUUUAGAACUCGAUCUGGAAGAUCGAUUUGAAAUCGAACAUUUCUAUAUCGAUAAAUAAAUCUACUCGGAUAUUUGGAUCGAAUAAAUACUACAGUAUUUCUUCGUGCGUUCACAUAGCGUGAUCAGAAAUAGUUAUAUAAAAUCAAGAGAUAUGUCUGUUAUGAUUAACUCGUGAAAUAUUGUAUUUUGUUUUAUCACGACGAUCAUUAUUAUCACAAUGGCUACAAUAAUGUCAUUGUCUAACGAAGUGAUUAUUGUUAUUCUGAAGAACGUCAGCAUCAAGGACAUCAAGAACUUUACUUCUACGUGCAAGAAAUUUAGACAAAUAUCAUGGGACAAUAAACUUUGGAUGAAAAAGCUCUAUCAGAACUGGCCUUCUACAAGGAAAAUUUAUGAUAGCAUGACGAGCGAUGAUCUUUUUAAAUUAGAUUUUAAAGAACAAGUAAAAGAAGCUGUAAAACAUAGGAAAGAAAUGUUGGAUUUGAUAGCUCAGAUAUCCAAGAUUAAUUUAGACAACACUUACAAGAAGAAUAUAAUUUCAAACUUCCUUUGCACAACCGUGCAUUCUAUAAAUAAUUAUAUUGCUAUAGAUGAGCUUAGAAGAAUAAUUUCGCAAAGUCCAUGGAUAUCUGGUUGCGAUUUGACGCACAGAUAUUAUAGCUGCCAUAUUCUUCGACUAGUGAAGUAUUAUCAUAUCAGGCACAAAUUGCUACAAUUUAGAUGUAAAUUGAAAAGACAACAAAUUUUGGAACAGAUGGUUACUCUUCUGAUACAAUGGUUCAAUGUUAAGACUGAUCUCUCUGAUGAUAUCUCUUACUCGCACAUAAAAGCGUCGUUGGAUCAUAUCGCAGAAAAGGUGUUGCAAGCUCUUAAAGAACAACAUCCCUCGCAUCCUAUAUUUAUGAUGUGUGAUACUUUUUAUGAUUAUUGUAAAAACAAUAACGUCUCUCCCACAUAUUGGAACCACGAAGAAACAUUGAAGAUUUUGAUUGUACUCGAAAAAAUUGUAUUCUCUCCAUCGUAUUUCCACAAAUUAGAUCAAUUAUGGAUAAAAUUACAUAAAAAUGAGUCUGAAAUUGUUGUUUCACGAGGCUUGCAAAGUAUAUUUUUCUUAACAAUAUAUCAAGGUGUAAUGCGAAGAUUGGGCAUAUAUUCCAUUGUAAUUACAGAAAAUAUGCUUCAAAUUUUUUUGAAACCGACAGAUAUUACAAAACGUCCAGAGUAUAUUGGUAUACAACUGAAAAACGACCAAUUCUGCUUAGAGAACGUUAUCAAGAGGGAUAAUCGUGACAGAAAUCAUUUACUGAUAAAACCAACAUUAAUUGAAUAUUUGAAAAUACGAGAAAAAAACUUAAACAUACAGGACGAAGGGCAAUUAUUAAUACUAUGGCAUAUAAUGGAAGGAAAACAUGCAGAUGUCACAGACUUAAUGAAUUGGGAAUCUAACGUGAAUAUAAGAAAACGCGAACCACAAAAAAGAUCGGCAGAAUUAAAAUUUGUAAUUGGGACGAUUGUAACCCAUAAAUAUAAAAACAAAAAUAAAACCUCCACUCAUCAUGGAGUUAUAGUUGGUUGGCACCAUUACUUCAAUUUCGAUUCAAUAUUUGGCAUUUUUAAGACCUUACCGAAUAAUUACUCAAAAAUAUUAACAUGUAAAAAUAUUGAGAAUUGUACAGAUCCUAAGUGUUUGGUGCAUAAACCAUACUACAUAAUUUUCUGUGACAAUAACGUAUAUUGUUAUGAACGACAAGAAAAGAUAUCGAUAUGUUCUUCAACAAAAUGGAUCCAUCAUGACGAGAUAGGUCGAUAUUUUUCUAAAUAUGAACGUACUUAUUAUGUACCGAAUGAAAUGCUAGCAAGGGAUUAUCCAUAUGACGUCGCUAUAAUUAACAAAAUGAUGCGUAAUCAAUAGAUUAUGUUACAUUAAAAGGUUUAGGAUA